AUGCGGGGUCCCUUGGCCUCGUACCUGAAAGCCGUCAAAGUGGAGUCGAUUAACUGGGAAGCAGCUUCAACGGCGCUACAGCAACCGCUGUCCGCCGCCGUCUCGGCAGUGAACGCCUUGCGGCCAGUCAACAGGAUGGCGUUGAAUACUGGCCAUAUCCCAACCUUCAAGGAACGCCGCCCCUUCCAUGCGCGUGAAAAAGACGUCCAAGAAAUCAAGAGGCAGCAGCCCAACAAGAUUCCAGUGAUCAUUGAGCGAUUUGAAGGCGAACGAAGCUUGCCACUGAUGGACCGGUGCAAAUUCCUGGUGCCCGACCAUAUCACUGUCGCCGAACUGAUGCAUAUCGUCCGUCGCAGGCUUCAACUCCACCCGGAGCAAGCCUUCUUCCUGUUGGUCAACGAGAAGUCCGUCGUGUCGAAUUCGAUGACGAUGAGCGAGCUCUACCAGAAAGACCAAGACGCAGACGGCUUCAUCUACGUCGUCUACACGAGUCAACCUGCCUUCGGU